GCUGCGGCGCUAACAUCGCAAACAUCUAGAAAGGCCAUUAAAGUAGGAAAGCUUCUGGACCCCAUCAAGAUUGUCGCACAAGUGCUAAUUUACUCCUUCUUCAUAGGUAACAUACCAACACAUUCUGAGAUCAAGCUGGCAAACUCGUACUUGUAUGACAAGUCAAUGUGCUUGUUCACCUGGAAGCUCUUCCUCCCGGAGGAAGAGUUCAGCCUCGAUCACCCCGGCUGCCAACCCUCUCGUCCAGGACAGGGGUGGCCCACCAUAUUGAAGCUCUUGCGGCCCACCUUCACGGUGGUAGCAGAACAAGUUUGGAUGAGGGAUAGGGCCAUCACUUACUCCGAGGAAUUGGGGAAAGUGAAUGUCGAUGCUCCUGUUCUGGAGUACAAGGAUGCAGUUCACGAGUUUGCUACCCUCGACAUGCUGCUGAAGACUCCUCAGACUAAGGCAUGUGCGGAGGAUGUUGCGAUCUGGGUGAAAAAGUUUAUUUUGUUUCGAUGUCACAAUUUCUCGUAUUAG